AUGAAUGAAAAUUACCACUCGGCUCCACCACCGUACAUGGACGUCGUCGGUAAAUACCCUCAGUAUGUUCCCGGCGAACGCGCAGGUGCUUAUGCAGUGCCACCACAAGAACUCAUGCCUGAUCCUAACGCAGUCAAGUAUCCCGGUGCACCGAUUGCUUAUGCAGUGCAAAGUGCUCCUCUGACAACAUUCGCGAAGAACCCUGUUCAUUGUUGUUGUCCAAAUUGUCAAUCUUUAGUUGUUACUCGCGUAGAACAAACGAGUGGACUGUUGGCAUGGCUUAUAUGUCUUUUCCUGGUUAUAUUUGGUUGCUGGCUCGGCUGUUGCCUUAUUCCGUUCUGCGUAUCAGAUCUGCAAAAUGUUCAGCAUUACUGUCCUAAUUGUAAUGCUUAUAUCGGUGAAUAUCGUCCUCUCUAA